GUGUGAAACUUGACCCUGGUAGGAGAACAGGGGAACACAGUGGACGUACUGUAACUGUAACAUAUUUCAGGCGCGGUUUGUCACCACUAACUAGUAAUGGCUUUCUGGUAAUGUGGACCGUCGGCUGUGGAAGCCAUCGAUGCCGCUGUCGUCCCGCCGUGCCUUUGUGAGUCCUCACGGGCCGAGACCCACCGCCACCACCAUGGCCUCAGCGCUGCCCCGCUGCACAUCUGUCAGACUUCCCGCUGUGGCGGCCACUGUCGUCCUGCUCCUGAUGUCGGUGAACACCGUACAGUCUUCUCAAGGCGACAAGGAGCCGGUGUAUCGAGACUGUGUGAAGCAAUGUGUCCGGACUAACUGCACCGGAGCUCAGCUACGGGGCUUUCAGUCUGCCCAGCCGCAGUAUAUGGCGCUCACAGGUUGGAUAUGCCGUGAUGAUUGCCGCUAUCAGUGCAUGUGGACCACCGUGGGCCUUUACCAGGCCGAGGGGUACACGGUCCCACAGUUCCACGGCAAGUGGCCAUUUGUGCGCUUCCUGUGUUUUGAGGAGCCAGCUUCUGCCCUGGCCUCCCUGCUCAAUGGUUUGGCUUGCCUCCUCAUGCUGCUGCGCUAUCGGAGCACGGUGCCACGCCAGAGCCCCAUGUACCACACCAUCAACGCCUUCUCUCUGGUUUCUCUUAACGCCUGGUUCUGGUCCACAGUUUUUCACACUCGGGACACCUAUCUCACAGAGAAAAUGGACUAUUUCUGUGCAACAGCGGUCAUUCUUUACUCCAUCUACCUAUGCUGUGUCAGAACGUUGGGUCUGAGGCGACCUGUGGUGUCCAGCAUGGUGGGAGUCCUGCUCAUCCUGGCCUUCACCUCGCAUGUGUCCUUCUUGACCUUUGUCAGUUUCGACUACGGCUACAACAUGGCUGCUAACGUCACCAUCGGCAUGGUGAACCUCCUGUGGUGGCUGUGUUGGUGCUGGCAGAACCGGCGGACCCUGCCAUACUGGUGGAAGUGCGGCCUGGUGGUGCUGCUGCUUCAUGGUCUGGCCCUGCUGGAGCUGCUGGACUUCCCCCCAAUGCUCUGGGUCCUAGAUGCUCACGCUGUGUGGCACCUCAGCACAAUACCAGUGCACUUCCUUUUCUACAGCUUCCUGAUCGACGACAGCCUCUACCUACUAAACACAGAGAAGAUGGGCGUCAAAGUCGAGUAGGAGGAGCUCAUCACCUCUUCACCACGCCUUCACCGUCGCACGUCUCCAAUCAGGGCAGUCGGACGCCUGAACACAGAAGUAGCCCCAGCCUCCCAGAUGACAUGCAUGACACCACAUUGACUUCCAUCAAAGUAGAAUAUGUUUACAAGUCUUUUGUUUUUAUAAUUUUUAGUAUUUAUUUGGGGGGGGGGGGUUACGUUACGUUCUCAAUUGUUUGCAUCAUGAAGGAUGCUUACUCUUAACUUUGCCUUGUGCUCUACCAUCUUUUUGCCGUUUAUCGUCAAAACAGGAUGAAGGGAAAGGUUUCGUGUUCUAGCACAGAAAACUGUGAUGAUUGGGUUUCAUAUCCUGUUUCCUUCGAACCUCGUGUGCUUCUGAAAUUGAUCCCCUGAACCGAUGAUUUUACUCUCUUGGAUGUCAUGCUUAGUGGCAGUUUGCCGUGGCUGACAAUAGAUGGCACCAAAUCCCUUGCCAGGCCAUCAUAACGUACUGCGCUCGGUACGGCAUGUAUCAGGGUACGUCUGUGCUAAAAGUGGACUGGCGGACACGGAGAGUUGCCCCUUGUGAGGUGGGCUGCCAGUGGAUUGUUCUAGAGAGAGGGGGGGUUGUGUUUGGAGGCCAUUCUAGCUGACUGUGGGUUUUUUUUUCUCACCAUCACAUGUAUUUUUGUGCCUGCAUUGUUUGCACUGCUGCUUUUGUCUCUUAUACUCUUCUGUAUAAUUUCUAUUUUAAUUUUCAUCAGCUGCCUUCGUUGUUUUAAUUCCUUAACCAAUGUGUGUGCUUUAUUCUGUUGAUUCUUUGAUUACUUGAUUAUAUUUUUUUUAUUUGGGUGGGAUAUGGCGGAUGAUCAUAAAAUGAAAAUAUUGUUUUCAUUCACCUGGAUUGCCUUUGAGUGUGAGGAGAGGGAGAACAUGACUGAGGUAGGAGAAAUAAGCUGCAACAGGAAGCUGGGGGCUUUCUUUUUUUCCAUCAAGAGUUUCUAAUAAAUUCUCUGUGUGUGUGUGUGUGUGUGCGUGCGUGCGUGUGUGUUUAGGUGUUGGUUUGACGCCUAUUAUUUGGAUUUGAUUGCAUUUCUUGCUGUAAUGAUCCUCACAAUGACACACACAACCAGCUGCUGUUCAGAUAACUGUCCCAUCAUGUAAAAACACUCCCCAUCACUCCAUGUCUGCCUUACAUAUCGUAUCAAACCUGCUCGUCAGUGAGCAUAUAUCUCUUCUGUCUUUAUCAAAUCUUUAUUUUCCUCUCAGAGUUGGCACCCAAAAAAAAGCCUCUUGAAUUCAUACCAUGUAUGUCUUCAUCCCUAACAGGUUCUCUUCCAUAUGUGCACUUUACAUGUGUGUGUGUGUGUACAUUUACGUGCAUUUUUGUUUUUUGAAAUUCUGUCCAUGCUUUUGUAUUUCUGUGAGAGGACAAUGACCAGUACAGUUUGUUGUGUACACGUUGCCUUGACUCCACAUUGUGUUGUUUUUGCCAUCGUAAACCGAAUCACUGUGUGUGUGUGUGUGAGAGACAGCGAGAUUGUUCUGGAUCCAUUUGUAAAACUACUGAUGUGUGUGUGUGUGUGUGUGUGUAUUUAUAUAUAUACCAUGUUAGAGGUUUGCUGUGGGAAUGUGUGUGAGACGAUGGAUAAAUUUAGCUUUGCUGACAGCCUGUGAUGGGGGGGGCCUUAUAUAGUGCAUAUUCUAAUUAUUAUUUGCCCAAACUGUUCAUAUUCUCACAUGCAGUGAUGUUUAUUAACCACUGACCUUUAUUGAAUGGUGUCUGUGGCCCUCUAAAAAGCCAGAACAACAAAAUCUAAUUUAAAUUAAUUCCUAAAUCUCAGUCUAUUCAAAGCUGAAAGUGUUCUGACUACUGUUAAGAAACUUGCUAACUCAUGUCAUUGGUUUCUGUUAUAAUAAGGUAAAGGUUUCCUGGGUUUGCUCUGUACAUCAUUGUUUAUUUCCUUCCUCACCGAUCACCACAUCCCUCCUUUUCCCGCACUCAUCUGCUGCCCCCUGCCUGCUGCCCUGUGAACCAUCACCUCUCCUACUGAGUGCACUUUCCUCCACCUCACAUCUACUAUUUGACCCAAAAAAACCUGAAACAAAUGGAACAAAUAAAAGUGUUCUUUGUUGA